AGCUACUGUCCGACUACGCCGGCGGCGUCAACACAGCUGUCCAAAUCUUAGACAAGUACGAUUGGUACUUCGUGCCAGUAGCCAACCCUGACGGUUACGAGUACACCCACACCACAGUAAGUUCUUACAUCAAUACCCAAAGUCCCUAACAAACGAGGCCACACCACAGUAAGUUCUUACAUCAAUACCCAAAGUCCCUAACAAACGAGGCUACACCACAGUAAGUUCUUACAUCAAUACCCAAAGUCCCUAACAAACGAGGCCACACCACAGUAAGUUCUUACAUCAAUACCCAAAGUCCCUAACAAACGAGGCCACACCACAGUAAGUUCUUACAUCAAUACCCAAAGUCCCUAACAAACGAGGCCACACCACAGUAAGUUCUUACAUCAAUACCCAAAGUCCCUAACAAACGAGGCCACACCACAGUAAGUUCUUACAUCAAUACCCAAAGUCCCUAACAAACGAGGCCACACCACAGUAAGUUCUUACAUCAAUACCCAAAGUCCCUAACAAACGAGGCCACACCACAGUAAGUUCUUACAUAUAGUUAAAGGACUGCAAUCAAGCCUAUUAAAUGAAAUAGCAAAACGAGGUAUGUGGAAACGUGAAUUAGAGAACAGGACAAAAAGAUUAGGACGUUUUGGCAUAAAGCCUUCCUCAGCACACAGCACCCAAAGUCCCUAAGAAACGAGGCAACACCACAGUAAGUUCUUAUACCAGUACCCAAAGUCACUAGACAAACGAGGUUAUACAAUCGGAUAAAAGGAAACGACCUAUAACAAUGCAAAACAUUUUUAAAUAACUUGGAUAGUUAAAGAUAAAAUUAAAAUUUACAGGCAUACAAAAAAAUAUUAUUUUUUCUCAAAUUAUGAUUGAGAAAAGCAUUUUUAGAAUCAAACUUGAGAUGCCGGAAAAAUAUUAACUCUAAGCACCUAAAAAUAUGUGUGGGAAGAAAAUAUUAACUCUAAGCACCUAAAAAUAUGUGUGGGAAGAAAAUAUUAACUCUAAGCACCUAAAAAUAUGUGUGGGAAGAAAAAGAAAAUAUUAACUCUAAGCACCUAAAAAUAUGUGUGGGAAGAAAAUAUUAACUCUAAGCACCUAAAAAUAUGUGUGGGAAGAAAAUAUUAACUCUAAGCACCUAAAAAUAUGUGUGGGAAGAAAAUAUUAACUCUAAGCACCUAAAAUAUGUGUGGGAAGAAAAUAUUAACUCUAAGCACCUAAAAAUAUGUGUGGGAAGAAAAUAUUAACUCUAAGCACCUAAAAAUAUGUGUGGGAAGAAAAUAUUAACUCUAAGCACCUAAAAAUAUGUGUGGGAAGGAAAUAUUACGCACCAAACGCACCUGCGAUAGUUUUUUUUUUUUUAAGACUCCCUUUUAGCGCAGUUAUCGGUAAUUUGAUUAUCUGAAAUCGGUGGCAUCAUAUUUCCAUUAUAGUCUCAUUGAAAAACAGGAAAAACUGAUUUUGGGGGGUUUGGAGUGAACAUUUGAUAGAAUUUGUUGUCAUUGACAACGGGUCUUUGUGCCAAAUUUCGAUAGGUUGAGGGAAGUGGAUCAGCCAGCCACAAAUAAAAGUGAAAUUAAUGAAAAUCACUUAAAAAUAGAAGAAUCGUAUAAAUGAUUGUAAUUUUCAAUCCUGGAUGUCUUCUCAUGAUGGUAUGUCUUCCUUAGAACCGUAUGUGGAGAAAGAACAAACGCUACGUUAGUGCCAGAUGCACCGGUGUGGACCUCAACAGAAACUUUGACGCCAUGUGGGGAAGUAAGUCACUCCUUGUAAUCCAGUUCUAGCAGUUCAGUAAGAAGUAACCGAAUUUUGUGGCAGUCGUAAUGACUAUCUUAACACUCCCGCAAACAUGGGGAAUGAUGGGAUUGAUUGCUCCCGAAUCUCUAACACACGUAAACAAAGUGAAAUCAGAACGAUGAAAAUUCGAACGAACCAACCCUUAAAUCUGUGUCAAUCUUUUCCCCCAGCCACCGGCAUCUCCAGGACGUGCUCCAGCGACAUCUAUCUCGGCGAGGCUCCCUUCUCUGAGCCAGAGACCGCCAACCUGAGGGAUCUGUUUGAAAGUAUCAUUGGCGAGGUGGUCGCCUACAUGUCCGUGCACUCCUACUCACAGGUACGGACAUGGGCCACUAGUGGACCGCAUUGUUUAUCCUUAUGUCGGUCGUCAGAAUCUAACGUUAUUUAAAAAAAAAAAUUCCUGUGUUUAUUAUAAUUCAUUCAUCUCACUUGGGGGACUUUAAAAUCCCUUAACACAACAUCUAAGAAAAAACAAAUCAAAAAGAUUAAAAAAUAUUUUAAGUAUGCACACAUAUUGUUUUUUCAAAUAAAAUUUGCAAGACUCGCGCAUUUUUUUUUCAGGAUAAUUUCGCGAAUUUAUAUUUACCCUUAUGAGAACAGCUACAAAAAAUGAGAGGUGAAAGGCUUAUUUUCAAACUGAUUAAACUGAGCCAAAUGACCGAGUUUGUGAAUGAGAGGCAUAUUGGCCAAGCUCCCACGGAGAGAGCUAGUGGAGGCCAGGGCAACUCACGUUGGUGCAUUGUCCAGUUCGGUAUUAUCCAGGGCUGCAUUUUCCAGAGAUGCAACUCCAGAGAUGCAUUGUACAGAGAUGCAUUGUGCAGAGAUGCAUUGUGCAGAUAUGCAUUGUCCAGUGAUACCAUGUCCAGAGAUCUGUUGUCCAGAGCAGUGGCGUAAGUGCGGAAAGGGGGGGGGCGCCCGGUGCAACACUUCUUUCCUUACAUUUAGAGAUGGAAUUUUCUGCCAAAUGCAGACUUUUUUUCAAGGAAGUGGGCAGCAAAAGCUUGGCACGCCCCGGGCGGAACUCACCCUAGAUACGCCACUGCUGGUCCAGAGAUGUAUUGUCCACAGAUGUAUUGUCCAAAGAUACAUUGUGCAUGACUGCGUUAUUCAAUGCUGUGUUGUUUAGUGCUGCUCUGUCCAGGGCUGCAGGAAUUUUUUUUUACCAACCCCUACAAUAAUUUAUUCAAAUACUUGUUUAAAAUAUACUCUUUCAGUUCCUCCUGGUCCCAUGGGGUUACACCGAGUAUGUGUCCAGACCAGCCAACUCUGCAGAGCUGGUCAGUGUCUUUUACUCUUACUUUUAAGUUACACUUAUUUAUUAUAGCUGGUCAAUGUGUUUCGCUGUUACACUAUUUGUAGUUACACUUAUUUAUGCAAAGAGAUUUAAAUUUCACAUAAUAUUUACAAGCUUUCUAAACUUACAUAGGUCUCAGAGUAUAAUUCUACACCCCCACCACCAACUACCAGCCUAUUCUCUACUAAGACGUAUUUUUUAUAUAUAUUUUUUUUUUAAAAUCAGGAUCGUGUGGCCACUAGGAUGACCCAAGCCCUGAUCGCUAGAUACGGUACUCAGUACUACAUGGGAACUGCAUGGCAACUGCUCAACUGUAAGUAGCUCACCGACAUGUCACUGCAGUAGUAGAGAAAUACAGGGUGUGAUCGGUGCUUCUUAAAGUUGAAACAUUCCUCCUCGACCUUGUCUCUAAGACGAUAGACUUUUAAUAUAUGUAUAUAAUUUUAUAUAUGUAAAUUUUCUGAGGAAGUUCAAAGAAUUAAUCUUUUCAAAAAUAAAAUAAGUGUUAAAAGUUAAAUCAAUACGACAAUGCCUUGUAAAACUCCACAACCCACACAUCACCCCAAAGUCCAGCGCUUCAUUCGGUUUCAAAAAGUAUGCACUUAGGGGGCUACGUGUUUGGCUAGUGACGUUUCAGGUUGCCUUAUUUUCUUUAUUUUGUUUUUGUAAAGAGACUAUUUACAUUUUUGCCGACCAGGCUUCUCAAUUUUCAUUGAAUGAAUUUCCACCUGAAUCAUCUUUUCAAUUUGCCCUAACCUUUGUGAGUGAUCAUUUCAAUUUACAAUUACCUCUCGGGCUGACAGUUUCAAUUUUUACUCUAACCACUCCGACACACGGUUCAAUUUACCCAUCACUAACCUUUCCGACACACGCAUUCACUUUACCCAUCAUUAACCUCUCCGACACACGGUUCAAUUUACCCAUCACUAACCUCUCUGACACACGCAUUCACUUUACCCAUCACUAGCCUCUCCGACACACGGUUCACUUUACCCAUCACUAACCUCUCCGACACACGGUUCAAUUUACCCAUCACUAACCUCUCCGACACACGGUUCAAUUUACCCAUCACUAACCUCUCCGACACACGGUUCAAUUUACCCAUCACUAACCUCUCCGACACACGGUUCAAUUUACCCAUCAUUAACCUCUCCGACACACGGUUCAAUUUACCCAUCACUAACCUCUCCGACACAGACGCAGCUAGCGGUGCCGCCGAGGACUGGGCGCUGACCAGGAAGCCAGGUCUUUACGGCAUGUGCUAUGAACUGAGACCUGGCUACAAUGAUAAUCGUGGCUUCAUUCUGCCGGCCAAUGAAAUCAUCCCAACUGGCCAAGAAUAUUACGAUAGUCUCGUAGUUUUGGCCAAUGAAAUGAGAGUGUAAAAGACAUGCGCGAACAGAUUUGAAUCUUUUGUUUUUUUGUUGUCGUUGCUGUUUUCUUUCCAGAAGAGUUUUUCGAGUGUUGAUUUUCAUCUAUCGUUAAAUAUGUUUAAAAUAAAUUAAAUAAGAAAUCGGUUUAUAUAUAAAUUGUUUCUAAAGAAAGCUUUUAAAAACAAUUCAAAUACAUUCAUGAAUUGAAUAUUUUGUAUUCGAGAAACAAGAAAAUAAAAGUUAUUCCCCUUUAAAUUUACUUGUUUUCAAAGUUUCUUUUAAAAUAAUUUAAAAAAAAAAAUAUUUUCGUUGAAUACAAUGUGGCAUUCAUUGAACUGCACACAUUUGACAUACAGAUGACAGAGGGGAAAAACCCAUCAAAUUUUCACCAUAUCCGCUAAAAAGCCGAGGUAUUCUUAUUUGUGUCUGUGGUUAUGUGAACAUGAAAACCGACAAUGUUGUAAAAAUAAAAAAAUAAAUAAAAAUUAAAAAUGAUCAACUUUCCCUGAAUCGAUUCUACAGACGCUGCUUCUGGGUCUUCCAAAGAUUAUGCACUUCGUCGCAAGCCAAAUCUCUACGCAAUGGCAUACGAACUUAGGCCUAGCGCAAGUAGCUCUAUAGGCUUUAACCUUCCGGCCUCACAAAUAGUCCCCACAGGACAAGAGUACAUGGAUAGCUUGGUAGCUUUGGCUACAGAAAUUAGAGUUUAAAGGUAGUGAUCAAAGAAACGAAGUAAUUAUAUUGACCAGCAUACUACAUUAUCUGAUGUUUUCAUCGGAAUAAAAAUAAUUUACAAAAAGAAAGGAAAGCAUGAUCUGAGCCCCAAAUACUUUAAAAAAAAAAAGAGUAUUUAGAAUAAAACAAGGCUAUUUUGAUGAAAAUACAUGUGCAGUACAUGUUUAAAAAGACGCAAAUAAAAGUUAUAUAAUAUUCUUGA